GAGCGCGCAGGUGGUGUACCGUCAACAGCACUGCCGUGUUCUCUGCGGCUGACGUCGUUCAAAAGGAAUUAAGAACGCUGCCGCGGCAGCUUAAAGAACCCACAUAAACACACGUAACGCAUCAUAUGCGUUUUCAUAGAUAGACGGUGUAGAACCCCACCACCCCACACCCAACUCCUCCUGACACGCCGCCCCUUCCUUGGCGCAUAGAAUUCCUUUCUUCAUUUCAUAUCCGCACAACCAUUUGUGUUUUCUCUUUUUUAUUCUGUUGGUGCUAUUAAUAGUCUGAGUCGUUCUUGGUGUGUAGCACCCAUGUCGGCCUUCACGACUCCAAGCCGCGCGAGCACCACCCAUGCAGCAGCGACGCAGCGAGCCGGCAGCAGCUCCGGCCGGCGCGUCGUCCGCUCCGCCUUGGAGACACUGAUGGACACGGCCACGCCGGAACUGCCAGGGCGCGCAGGCAACGGCAUCAGCAGCGCCACCUCAAGUGCUCGCUUUCAGUCCGCCUCUGCGAAGCGACCCGCCGCCGCGGCCUCCUCGACUUCUCCCUUCUCGGUUACGUACACGAGAGCUCCACCGGGGUACAACGCACGGGGCCACCCCCUGUCCUCGAGCACCGUACCGCACGUUCCACCGGCAGCCCCCACCACUUCUUUCGCCUCCUCCUCCGCCACGCAGACACGCAACAGCAGCAGCGGCAUCACCGCCGCAUCGUCAUCAAAGACGCUGCCGACGCCAGCGCACAGGGAAGAACCGAGCGCGCUGGCUUUUCUGUCUCCACAAGGCAAAGCGGCCAGGGCGUCUUCACCAUCGUCGGUCUCGCGGCGCGAGGAACGUCCUCAGCCGUCGCGGAGAUCAUCGUCGAAGCCCCACAACACACAUGCAGCGUCAGCAGUGUCGUACGACAACGACGAUGUGGAUGGUACGCACCCGUCUAGGUCAACACGAAACGCGAGGCUCAAGGACCGGUCGAGGGCACCUGGCGCAUCGUCUUCAACGCCGUUCGCCGCCCCCGCGGCGGCCCCUGCGUCACCGUCACGCAGUUUAUUCUCGGACGUGGAGGCGGCACGUCAGCAGCAGCCGCAAAAACAGAUACCGCAGAACUGUGAGGAUGUGGACGAUGGGGGGUCUCCUAUCAUGGCUGCUGCCGACACCUCCUUCAUGGACGACAGCAGCGAGGGGGAUAAUGAUGAAGACAGCACGAGGGUCGAGACGGAGGAAGAGGAACGGCGUUUCCGCACUUCCGCUCUUCGCAGGAGGUCAAACGACGGUGAUGGUGGCGAUGAUGUUGCCGUCGCCAGAGUUGAGGCUCAUGCGUCGACGAGCAGCGCCGCCAUCCCCACGACAGAGGUGGAGCGGCGCAUCGCCGCUGCCCUCCGCCGCUACGAGAAGGAGCGGGAUGCGGAAGAGGAAGCGGUGCUGCGACAGGUGAGCGACGAGGUGGAGGCGCAGGCGACGCGUUACGAGGCGCUCGUUGCCGCCUACAACGGCGUGUGCAGCGACAACACGCAGCUGCAGGAGAAGUUGGCUGCGGUCACGACGGCGCGUAACGGCUUCGAAGAAGCGCUGCAGAACGCACGGCAGGCGCAGCAGGCACAGCGCGAGUCCAUGAAGCGGCUGGAGGUGGAGCUGUACCACGCACGAGACGCGCAGGAGGAUCAACGGGCGCAGCUGCAAAGCGAGUCCGCCGAGUGGGAGGCGACGCGUCGACGCUACGAGAGACGGCACGCCACCUUAGAAGCCCAGCUGAGUCAGCUGCGCGGCGACCUGCAAGAGAGGGACGACCGAAACACCGAACUGAUACGACAGAUGGAACAGCAGGACAAGGAGCUGAGCGCACUGCGACAACGCUCUUCGCAACGCGACACGAAGGCGGAAGACGAGUAUGCCGAGAUCCACCAACGCGUGCUGCGGCUCGGGCAGAACAUGUCAACGAUGGAGGCAGCACUGCGCGAGCGCGACGACGCCAUCGCACACCUGCAGGAUCAACUUGCGGAGGCCACCGCUGCGAAUCGCGACCACGCGGACGACGUACGCCUCUUGCAGGAGGAAAAGGAGAAGAUAGCAGCAGAGCUCGCCAGCAUGCGUGCGUUGGCGCAGAAGCAAACAGCUGAUGUCCGCAAGCGAAUGCACCGACUUAGCUUCGUGGAGCGACAGAAAGAUGCCUUGAGAAAUGAGGUCGGUGACGCGCGUCGGACGCUGUCGCGGUCUGCGAGUGAGCAGGCGCAGGUGCUUAAGUCGUUAGAGGAUCUCGUAGAAGAAGUGAAGCAUCUUGCUGCGGAUGCUGCACCGCGUGGCAACCUGUCAAAUGGAAAUACCGACGGCAGCGAUGCUGGGGAUGUCCAUGGCAGUGGUGGCCACCCGGCGGCCCGCACGCCGGCUCCGGACGACACCUUGGUGUAUGAAGACGACAGCAACUACUCGACCGUCUCUGACGUAGAGGCGACGACCACCUCGUUGGUGUCUGCGGCGAGCCGAGACAGCGACCGAAGCGACGUCGACGAUGACGAUCACGACGGCCACGGCGAUGUCGAGACACCUUCUUCCACGCCCAGGCAAGCACGCACCAUCACGACGACCACGGCAGCAGCGGCAGCAACAGCGGCUACCGCGAUCAUCGCCAAGGCGAGGAAAUCGAAAACCGCCUCUGCGGCUGGCGACGGAGGGACGCUCUCGGUGAAGCGCCUUUCGCGGCUGCUGCAUCACGACGUGGCACGGACGCACAUCGUUGCUCGUGAGCUUCGACGACAGGUGACGGAACUCGCCAAACGACAGCAGCAGCGUCGAAGGCAGCAGCGGAACACCUCGCCUGCCACUUCGAGGUCGCACAGCAGCACAUCAACGGCGCCUAGAACGGCCUCUGCGGACGUGGAUGGGAAGCGCCGCAUUUCUGGUAGCGCGUCUCCAUUGAACAGCAACAGUGCCCACUACACCCCACAGCAGCGGCACGACAUCGUGCAGAAGCUUGAGCAGGCGUGCCGCUACCUCAAGUCCCAACUCAGUGAGGCGCAGGCGGAGUGUCAGUGGCGCUCGCUGUCCAUGAAGAAGUGGGAAGACGACGUGCAGGGCGCGCGACGCGAGGUGCUGCAUCUUGAAAAGGAACGGCUGCGCUGCACCACGGAGAAGGAAACGCUAGAGCUGGUGAAGCAGGAGCUGGAGGAGCAGCUGGCCGAGGCACAGCGAAGGGGCGCAGCGACGGCGGAGAGGUGUACAGCGGCGGAGGCGGCGUUGACGGAGGUGAAAGCGACGCUGGAAAGCACCCAGCACGAACUGGAGGAGCUCGCCGCAGCGAAGAAGUCCGCCGAGGCGGCGCUUGAAAAGGAGCAAGGAAAGUCAACGCAUCUUGCAGCGCAGGUGACCCAGUGCACGGCGGCGCAGGCGGCACUGACCGACGAGCUCGCGGUGCUGAAGGACAAUCACAAGGCGACACUGAGUCAACUGCAGAUCUUCCGCGCGCAGGAAGCCACGCAACAGCUGAAGGAGGAGCACGACGGGCGGGUGCGUAGCUCAGAGUUGUCGGGUCUACGGACUGCCGUCGCGCAACUCCGUGUCGCGGAAGGCGCAUGGGAGGCGGAGCGCGUACGUUUGCAGUCUACCGUGUCCGCCUUGCAGAACAGGAUCGAAGGUCUGAAGGAGGAGAUGGCGGUGCGAAGUCAGCGCGGCGCGGCACUGGAGUCGGCGGCUGCGCUGCACACUGAACUUGAAUCGACCACGUUGCGGACGAUCGCCAGCAUCGUGGACGCACCGCCGUUUGCGUGGCAGGAGAAGAAGACGAACGACGACGGCGCCAUACCAGCGCCGACCACCGACGCGCGACGCGCCAGCAGCAGCAGCAGCGGCUACAGCGGUGGUGCGGUGGUGGAUGUGUCGCCCACGGAGAAGAAGCUCUUCGAGCUCGAUGAACCGAUGAUAGAGGAGAUUGUGGUGGAGGAGGACGACAGGGCUGUGGCAGCCAUGGUGCGCACGCGGCUCCGGCAACAGCAACGCCGAAUCGCGCGUACUCCGUCGAGCGCGGCGCGUCAUUGCAGCAGCACCACCGCCGCCGCUGCGACGCCAACCCUGCGUGGAACUAGGUCACCUUCUUCCACCGCAGCAGCAGCAGAGACCUGUGCGGACGCCUCGUCAGCGCAGCUCGCCCGGCUGCGACAGUACGUCGUGACGGCGGUGCAGGGCGUAGCGCUGGAGCUGGUGCGGCUGCGUGCGUUGACGCGUCAUGGCUCUUCUCCCGCCCCAGCUCUGCCUUCUUCGCAGUCCACAACGCAUUCCGCACGAGGAGGUAUCCCGAUACCGGAGAACGAUGCUGCACCCGCCGCAGCCUGGUUUGGCGCCACGGCGGGCCUCGAAGCCCAAAACCGAAACCCUUUGCCUACUCCCUUUGCGGGGGAGGAGGUGCGACUGUUGGACCACCGCAACACGGCUGUACCCUUCGCUACGCCUCGCGACUCCACAAGGGUCACCCCACCGCACCUUCCUCUCCCUUCGCUUGGCUCGAGGAGUACCUCCCGUGACGCGCAGCGUAUGACCACGAUCCACAGCGGCGCAGCGGAAACACCGACUGCGAUAAGCAAAAGGCGCCGCAAUUCUUUUUCUUCUUCGCCUUCUCCCUCACAACGGCAACCGGCGUAUGACCCUUCACGUCGAGGGCGCGAGCUCGCCGCCUCCACAGUCCACAGCCCUGCGACGGAGCACGUCUACAACGUCUCUCCCUGGACUCCGUCGCAGGGGCUCCGGUCACCAUCUGCGAGCCCGCCUAUGAAGGAGACGGCGACAGCAGCAGCGAAGGUGUGGAGUGAGGUACGGCGGUCCGCCUCGACGGAAGACGGCCUCUCGGCGUACUCGUCCAGCGCGACACGUGGGGACGUGGACGGAAGCGGGUCGCCGGCGCGGCCGCCCUCGCUGCGUGCGAGGCCCGUCACGCACGACCACUGA